CUACACCAGUCGUCAGCAUCACAGACUUCAAAGGAGAGACGGCUAAAAAGAAAGCAAGAUGUCGUGGGCUUGCGAUCCUGCUCUGACGAGCACCAUCGUGAACAGCUACCAGACUGCUGGGCCACUGUUCAUGCAGAGUCUGCAGACUUUCCUGGCAGCCCAAUGCGCGCUGGUAGGAGACCAUCUGUGGCCUGCUGAUGCUACUCAGCAAGUUCUUGAAGAUCCCAACUACGACUUCAUUGUAGUGGGUGCUGGGUCGGCAGGUUCAGCAGUUGCUAAUAGACUUAGUGAAGUCCCAGAAUGGAAGGUUUUACUCGUAGAAGCUGGCGGCAACCCUACCCUGAACACCGAGAUCCCACACUUGUUCUACAACAACAUGCGCAGUCCACAAGAUUGGGCCUACAAAACUCAGCCUCAAGACGGUGCCUGCAGAAGCUACACAGCCAAGGGUUGCGCCUGGCCACGUGGUAAGGCCCUCGGAGGCAGCAGCAGUAUUAACUUCAUGUUCUACGUCAGAGGCAACAAGGCUGACUUUGACGAAUGGGCAGCUGACGGCAACUACGGAUGGAGCUACGAUGAUGUCCUACCCUACUUCAGGAAGAGUGAGAAAUUCACCGGUAUCUACAACGAAGAGAACAAGAAAUACCACAACUUCGAGGGCAACCUUAAUGUAGCCGUCGACAAACAGUCCCACGAUUUUGAACACAUGAUCAUCAAUGCGGCCAUCGAACUCGGAUUGAAGAACUCGACCGACAUCAACGGUGAGAGCCAAAUGGGUGUUAUGACAUCGCAGACUACGACCAAGGAUGGAACUAGGUUCAGUACUGCUCGUGCCUUCUUGGCCCCAAUCAAGGACAGGAAGAACUUCCACGUUAUCAAACACGCUCAAGCUACUAAGGUAUUGUUCGUGCCUGGCACCAACAUCGUUAGCGGUGUCUUGCUCCACAAAGACGGUAAAGACAUUGUUGUCAACGUAAGGAAAGAGCUGAUUCUGUCCGCUGGUGCCAUUAACUCACCGCACAUUCUUUUGCUGUCUGGUAUUGGACCCAGGAAACACUUGGAAGACAUGAAAAUCGAAGUUAAGGCUGACUUGCCCGUUGGACAGAACUUGCAGGAUCACUUGUUCGUUCCCACCUUCUACACCAAGCCUGGUCCCAAGGACUACUACUCCAUCUCAACUAUUGUGAAGAACUUCGCUCAGUACAUCAUGGAAGGCACUGGACCUUUGAUCAACACCAGCCCUAACCGUGUCAUCAGUUUUAUCAACACCACGGACCCUGAGUCACCCGCCUCUGACAUGCAGUUCCACUACUUCGUCCUGCCUCCUGGCGUAUACAACCUGAUUGACAUCUUCCAGAAGCACGGAUUGAACGAUGAGGCAUACACUAAGUUCAAGAAAAUGAACGAGGACAAAUUCACUCUGGUAAUCUUCAACACUCUGCUGAAGCCGAAGUCUGCUGGUCAGAUCCUUUUGGCAAGCAAGAACCCGCUCGAAGCCCCUCUGUUGUUCGCUGACUACUACAAGGACCCCGAAGACAUGGAGAUUGUUAUUAAGGCUAUGAAGCAGCACUCUCUGAGACUGGGUGACACUAAGGCUCUGAAGGAGGGUGGAUUCAAACUGGACUGGUUGGACAUUGACGCGUGCAAGAAGUUUGACAAGAGCAGCGAUGAAUACUUGGACUGUAUCUCGAGGGAGCUGACAUUCUCGCUGUACCACCCCACCAGUACCGCUAAGAUGGGACCUGACGGUGAUGAGACCGCGGUCGUUGACCCUGAACUUAGAGUGCGCAAGGUGAAGGGAUUGAGAGUGAUCGACGCUAGUAUCAUGCCCUCUGUUGUAAGAGGUAACACCAACGCUCCUUCCAUUAUGAUAGGUGAGAAGGGCGCUGACAUGAUCAAGAAGUUCUGGCUGAACAAACACACCGAACUUUAAGUUAUUAUAAUAAUUUAUUCAAAGACUAGCCAUGAAAAUUUCCUUCUACUGAAACGAGCCUCUUGUACAAAUUAGAUAAUAUCUGGAAAGUGUUUGUAGUAAUGGUAUUUUAAGGAUUAAAUAAUACGGUAUCAAUUA